AUGAUACUUUGCGUUAUUGAUGCUGACCAUACAAGGAAGAUAAACCUCAGCUCCCGUCCAGCAUCUGUUGAUGACUUGAUAAACAUUUUGAAGGCCAAGUUUGAGUUUGACGAUGACUUCCGCUUGCAGUAUGAAGAUCCUGACUUUGAUGGACAACUUACCUACCUGAUGGACAUUGAGGAGUUGCCACAAAAGGCAACACUGCACCUUUUAGUGGAAGGAGGAGAUACAAGUUCUACAGCUGACACAUAA